UGCUCCGUAAUGGUAUUUUCCUUCCUAUUUUGGAGCCUUGAUUCCUUGCAGCCUCUGAUCAUGAGCAAAAUGAGCUUGGCAGCCUCAAGCCUGGGCUGCAGGGAUUUUGGUGAGGAGCAUGCCUGUGUCCAAUCCCAACACUCACGGCAAUGCUGCUGCCUGCCUUGGAGGCCAGGUAGGAGUUGUGGCUGCUUGGGCAAGCUAUCUUUUCUGCAUGGAGAAGCCCUGAAGGACCUUUUCCCUGGACUGCAACACAGCCCUGAGGAAUGAGUUAGACCUUGGGAGCACCAGCGUCAAUAAUUCACGGCAGGAGGCAAGAGCUCUGUCACCAUGUCAGUCAGUGUCCACGAAAACCGUAAAUCCCGGACGAGCACCGGCUCCAUGAACAUCUUGCUGUUUCACAAAGCUUCCCACCCGGACUGUGUCUUGUCCCAUCUGAACACCCUGCGGAAGCACUGCAUGUUCACUGAUGUCACCCUUUGGGCAGGAAACCGAUCGUUCCCAUGUCACCGGGCAGUGCUGGCUGCCUCCAGCAGAUACUUUGAAGCCAUGUUUAGCAACGGCCUCCGGGAAAGCCUGGAUGAUGAGGUGAACUUCCAUGACAGCCUCCACCCAGAGGUGCUGGAGCUGCUGCUGGACUUUGCUUAUUCCUCUCGGAUCAUCAUCAAUGAGGAGAAUGCUGAGUCCCUGCUGGAGGCCGGAGACAUGCUCCAGUUCCAUGAUGUCCGAGAUGCGGCAGCUGAGUUCCUGGAGAAGAACCUCUACCCUUCCAACUGCCUGGGCAUGAUGCUGCUCUCAGAUGCUCAUCAGUGCCGGCGGCUCUAUGAGCUUUCCUGGAGGAUGUGCCUGGUCAACUUUGAGACUGUUCACAAGAGUGAGGACUUCAACAACCUUUCCAAGGACACUCUGCUGGACCUCAUUUCCAGUGAUGAGCUGGAAAUUGAGGAUGAAGAAAAGGUCUUCAAGGCUGUCAUCCAGUGGGUGAAAUAUGAUCUGGAUGAGCGGAAAGCUUACCUCCCAGAACUUCUGAAGAACGUUCGUCUGGCCUUGCUUCCUUCUGAAUGCCUCAAGGAAGCCUUAGCUUGUGAGGACUUGAUCAUGGUGGAUGAAAGGAACAAGCUUGUCUUGGAUGAAGCUAUUCAGUGCAAGAAGAAGAUCCUCCAGAAUGAUGGGGUGGUCACCAGUCCCUGUGCCAGGCCUCGCAAAGCUGGGCACACCUUGCUGAUUCUGGGAGGACAGACCUUCAUGUGUGAUAAGAUCUACCAAGUGGAUCACAAAGCAAAGGAAAUUAUCCCCAAAGCAGACCUGCCAAGUCCACGGAAGGAGUUUAGUGCCUGUGCCAUUGGCUGCAAGGUAUAUAUCACCGGAGGCCGGGGCUCAGAAAACGGGGUCUCAAAAGAUGUGUGGGUGUAUGACACUGUUCAUGAGGAAUGGUCAAAAGCUGCUCCCAUGUUAAUUGCUCGAUUUGGCCAUGGCUCAGCUGAACUGGAAAACUGCUUGUAUGUGGUUGGUGGACAUACUGCAGUAGCUGGAGUCUUUCCUGCAUCUCCUUCUGUUUCCUUGAAGCAAGUAGAGAAGUAUGAUCCCAUAUCCAACAAAUGGACUAUGGUGGCUCCUUUGAGAGAUGGAGUGAGCAAUGCUGCGGUGGUGAGCGCCAGGCUCAAGCUUUUUGUCUUUGGUGGGACCAGCAUUCACCGAGACAUGGUGUCCAAAGUCCAGUGCUAUGAUCCAGCUGAGAAUCGGUGGAUGAUCAAGGCUGAGUGCCCACAGCCCUGGCGCUACACGGCAGCUGCGGUCCUGGGCAGCCAGAUCUUCAUCAUGGGAGGAGACACCGAGUUCACGGCAGCAUCUGCCUACCGCUUUGACUGCGAGACGGACCAGUGGACACGCAUUGGGGACAUGACAGCCAAGCGCAUGUCGUGCCAUGCUUUGGCCUCGGGGAAUAAACUCUAUGUGGUGGGGGGUUACUUUGGGACUCAGAGGUGCAAAACGCUGGACUGCUAUGACCCUAUGUCAGACACAUGGAACUGUAUCACAACGGUGCCUUACUCGCUCAUCCCCACCGCCUUUGUCAGCACCUGGAAGCACCUGCCAUCAUGAUGAGGGUUAGUGCUUGGGGGCUUGUAUCCAGGAGGUCAAUGAGGUGCCAGAGUCACAUCCAUGUCCCUGGUCUCGCUGCUGGACUCAACGCAGCUGCUGAGUCCCCUCCUGUCCUCCAGCACAGGACUCUGAGGAACCUUUCUCAUCCCUUCCCAGCACCAGGAGCAGGAAGCACAGCUGGCCCUGCCACCAGCCCCACGACAUGGGAGCACAAAGGGCCACCCAGCCUCACCACUGGCUGCUGCGCAGGGACAGUGAGGAGCUGGAAGCACUGGCUGCUGGGAUGGAGCUGGGUAUGGGGAUAUGGGGACAGCUCAUGGGUGCUGGUGGACUGAGGACUGGGGAGAUGGAGGGUGGGCACCAGGCUGCAUCCCUUGGCAAGCACAGCAUGUGUUGCUGUUAGGUGCUUUUUGUUACUCAGUUGAGAGGGCUAAGAGAUAUUAUUUUUUUAACGUGGCAAGGGCUGCUGUUUGGGUGAAUUGGAAGUGUUUUUUAAAGGGAAAAGGGGCUGGGGCAGCCCAGCAGAGAGCACCUGCCUCUCCCCCCACCCCCUGGCUCUUCUGUGGAGGUGAUGGCAGCCGAAACAUUAAAGCAUGGGAGCACUAGGUACCUCAGCAAAACAGGGCAGGUGCCUUUUGCUUUGCACUUUGGGCCCUUUACCCCCGCUACCCACAACCCUUUCCUUGCCGCAGCCGGUUGCGAUUUAUUCAGAGGGCAGGCAGCUCCCUGUGCACAGCUGCUGGGAAAAGCACAGCCAGCUCUGUUAGCGUGCCAAGGCACCGGCACCGCUGCCCAGAUAUUCAGCAGAUAAAACUCACCGCGUGCUCAGAGCCGGUCUUCUGAGCUUCCCCACCGCGCUCGCACAGCAGCGCGUGGGUGAGGGCGUAAUUAGCAAGUGAGCAGGAGCAGAGGUGCAGCGGGGGAAAGCCUGUGCCUCUAGCCGGGUCUCAGAGAGAAAAGGAGCAAACUGGGGGGGAGCGUGGCAGGGCAGGCUGGGGAUUGAUCCCCUCCUUCCCACUGUGCCAUUCAUCCUGACUCUACCUAGGAGCAGUGGGAGCUUUUCUGGUGGCAUGUUGUCUGCCAGGUUAUCCAUGUGUGUUGGCUGCCGACUGUUUGCAUUUAUCCAUCAGCCUGGGCUGCUCCUCAUUCACACUGUGGAGAAGGGCACGUGGAUUUUGGCUGUCUAUACAGGGAUGCAGCUCCUGGCUGGCAUCUUCCAGGGCUGGCCACCACCAAAGGCUGAUCCUGUACCGCCUCAGCAUCCCGCUUCUCUCUGCAGCAGAUCUAGUCCUGCAGAUGCUCCAGGUUUGCCUUUAGCCCCUGGAUUAGGUUAAGCUGUAGCCUGGCCAGCUGAAUGAUGCAAUGUGAUGAAAAGCCUUGACAUGGCUUCAAACAACAAAGGUCUUUUCGGAGCAGUGAGCGCCUGUUGCUGCCGGGAAGAGAAUACACUUUGUGCCCAGCUGGUCUGUGAUGCUCUGAAUGACGUUUAUUUACAUUUUCUAGGGUUGGUUGUUUUUUUUUUUCCUCCAGCUGCCUGCGAACUUUAAUAAAAAUGAUGAUCUGGGAAA